AUGAAGUUAUGCAGCAAAUGAAGAUGCGUGUGAGUUGAAGUAUGAAGCAGGAGACGAAGCAUGAAGGUGUGGACGUUAGACGCAGCAUUGCAGCGGUGCCAAUGGCCGAGGCACUUCAGAGAGAUUCUCUCACAAACGAUCCUCACCGGCCUCAUCUCAGACCCCUACACCGCAAGCAAACUCAUAAACUUCUUUACUCGCUCCUCUCUCGUUCCCUUCGACUAUUCCCUCCGAAUCUUUGACCAUCUUCACAACCCCAACCCCUUCACAUGGAACACCAUCAUGCGCGCCCACUUCGAACUCCAAAACAACCCUCACCAAGCCAUCACACUCUACAAGCUCUUCCUUGCGAAACACGCAAAACCCGAUAACUAUACCUACCCAAUUCUUCUUCAAUGUUGCGCUGCCCGGGUGUCCGAGUUCGAGGGAAGGGAGCUGCACGCACAUGUCGUGAGGUUUGGUUUUCAUCAAGAUGUGUACGUCCGGAACACGCUGAUCAACUUGUAUGCUAUAUGUGGGAGGAUGUCCAGUGCGCGCCAGGUGUUUGAGGAAAGUCCUGUCUGGGAUUUGGUAUCUUGGAAUACUGUUUUGGCAGGGUAUGUUCAGGCGGGAAAUGUGGAGGAGGCGGAACGUGUGUAUAGGGGAAUGCCAGAGAGGAACACCAUUGCUUCGAAUUCCAUGAUUGUGCUCUUUGGAAAGAAGAGGUGUGUGAAGAAGGCGCGGCGGAUUCUUGAUAAGGUUCAAGGGAGGGAUAUGGACAUGGUGUCGUGGAAUGCGAUGGUUUCUUGUUAUGAGCAGAAUGAGAUGUGUGAGGAGGCGUUGGUUUUGUUUGUAGAGAUGAAGGCGAGUGGGGUGACAGUGGAUGAGAUCGUUGUGGUUAGUGUUGUAUCCGCGUGUUCGCGAAUUUUGAAUGCUGAGAUGGGGAGGUUGGUGCAUGGUUUGGCGGCGAAAGUUGGGGUUGAGGAUUAUGUUAGUCUUAAGAAUGCUUUGAUACAUUUGUACUCUAGUUGUGGGGAGAUAGUGGAUGCGCAAAGAAUUUUUGAUGAUGGUGGUGUUUUCUUGGAUCAAAUAUCUUGGAACUCGAUGAUUUCUGGGUACUUGAGGUGUGGUUCAAUUGAAGAUGCUGAGAAGUUGUUUUAUUCCAUGGCGGAGAAGGAGGUUGUGUCUUGGAGUUCCAUGAUAUCUGGUUAUGCUCAACAUGAAUGUUUUUCAGAGGCUUUGGCAUUGUUCCAAGAAAUGCAGCUUCAUGGAGUCAAGCCCGACGAAACUGCUUUAGUUAGUGCCAUCUCGGCUUGCACCCAUCUGGCUGCUUUGGACAUAGGGAAAUGGAUUCAUGCUUAUAUAAAUAUAAAUAAAUUACAGGUUAAUACUAUUCUGAGCACGACUCUUAUAGACAUGUAUGUGAAAUGCGGGUGUGUGGAAAAUGCAUUGGAGGUUUUCUACGCGAUGGAGGAAAAUGGGGUUUCUACCUGGAAUGCAAUCAUUCUUGGGUUGGAAAUGAAUGGUUUGGUAGAACAGUCACUCCGCAUGUUUGCAGAUAUGAAAAAAACGAAGACACUUCCUAAUGAGAUAACAUUUAUGGGAGUUCUUGGGGCCUGUCGGCACAUGGGCCUAGUCAAUGAGGGGCGUCACUACUUUAAUUCCAUGAUCAACGAACACAAAAUAGAGCCUAAUAUUAAGCACUACGGAUGCAUGGUUGAUCUUUUUGGACAGGCAGGUUUGCUUAAAGAAGCGGCGGAGCUGAUUGAGAGUAUGCCAAUGGCACCUGAUGUUGCCACUUGGGGUGCCUUGCUUGGGGCUUGUAGAAAACACCAUGACAAUGAAAUGGGAGAGAGGGUGGGAAGAAAACUUAUUCAGCUUCAGCCUAACCAUGAUGGUUUCCAUGUAUUAUUGUCAAAUAUAUAUGCUUCAAAAGGAAACUGGAGCAAUGUUCUUGAAAUUCGGGGAAUUAUGGCACAACAUGGGGUGGUAAAGACACCUGGUUGUAGCAUGAUUGAAGCAAAUGGGAUAGUUCAUGAAUUUUUGGUUGGAGAUAAGACCCACCCACAAAUAAGUGAUAUUGAGCACAUGUUAGAUGAAGUGUCAGCAAAAUUAAAGAUUGAGGGUUAUGUACCAACCACAAGUGAGAUUUCACUAGACAUAGACGAUGAAGAGAAGGAAACUGCACUUUUCAAGCACAGUGAGAAACUUGCAGUCGCCUUUGGACUUAUCACUAUUGCUCCACCAACUCCAAUUAGAGUUAUGAAGAACUUGCGAAUUUGUAAUGAUUGACACGCUGUUGUAAAGUUAAUCUCCAAAGGAUUUGAUCGCGAAAUUGUGGUAAGGGAUCGUCAUCGCUUUCACCACUUUAGGCGUGGAUCUUGUUCCUGCAUGGAUUUUUGGUAACAAAACCGUAGUGGCUAUUAAGUGAAUGAGUAUUUUACGUGUAAGGAACAUGUACUCAAUUUUUUCAUUGUUGACUCAAAUAUCAAAGCAUGUGGAAUUUAAGAUUUUCA